AUGCCGCCCAAGAAGAUCCCCAAACUCAAAGAGAAGCCCCAGGCUGACCACCCCGUCAUUGACCCGACAGCCAUCCCCCCGGCGCUGCCUCCAUCUGUCGAGGAGGCCUAUCGCCGGAAAUGCAUCCAGCUCAAGCAGCGCACGAGCGAGGUUGAAGACGAGAAUGAUGCCACGCGCGUCCGUCUCGCCCGCAUCAGGCGACAGGUCGAGAAGAUGCGCCUCGAACGCGCCAUGCUCCUCGAGCAACUCACCCGCCGCACCAGCACCAACGUCGAGGACUCCGACGGCAGCCCCAGUCCACCACCCACUCCGAAGGAGAAGCCCCUGCGCACCAAGCGCGGCCACCGCAAGCCCUCCCUGCUCGCUGACAUUGACGCCGCCGCCACCAAGUCCGCCGCCGCUUCGCCCUUGGUCAACCAACAUCCCGCCACCCAGUCCCCGAGCUCCGAGGCCUUCUCCCACGCACAAGGCAACGCCGACUCGGCCGCCGCUGCCGCUCCCGCCACGACCAACGGGGUUUCCAAGCCGCCCAAGCGCCCCGCCAGUGCGUUUGACAUGUACUGCGAAGAAUCGCGCCCCGCUCUGCAGAAGACGCCCUUCCAGAGCCGCUACGACGACGCCUUGGCCCAAUACCAGAAGGACAAGGCCAAGUACGAUGCCACCAAGGCAGCGGAGACAGCCGCCGCCGACAAAACGGCCGUUUCGGCCGAACCCGAAGCUGAGACCAAGGACGAGGCCGCCGAGAAGAGCGAGAGCCUUCCCGAGGCACCCAAGGACAAGGACGAUGAGGAUGACAAGGAUGAAAAGGACGACAAGGGUGACAAGGACGACAAGGAAGGCGAGGCUACGGCGGCGGCCGAGGCCGAGAAGGCGGCUUCCAAGUCUCCCGCCCCGACUCCAGCCCCAGCCCAGGACGAGGACGUCGAGAUGACCAACUACGACACCGAAGAGGCCGAGGGCACGCCGGCUGCUGACGACAGGUAG